AUGGAGAAUGGUAAGAACGAAGAAAAGAAGACUCAAUCCUGUUCAAACGUCCAUUUUCAAAGCCACCUCCUUCAACAUUAUUUUAAUGGAGUAAUUAGCCAAAAAACAGAGCCAUGCGUGCUUCAAAUAACUCAUUGAUUCUCUCUCUCUCUCUCCGCCACCAGAACCCAUCUGUGUCUGUGCUUCAUCAACAACCAAGAGCUGUCAAACACAUGAAAUGGGAGUACUGACGGUGAGACGACUCUUCACCAUCUUCAUCUUCUUCCUUUGUUGUUUGACCGCCAUUGUUGAAGCUCAGAAACUCAAAACAUUCACCCAAGUUUCAGGACCUUUUAAUGAUACAUCAUACUACUACGACAUAUUCGAAGUUGAAAAACCAGCAACAAUAAGUAACGAUGCCCUUCAGGUGACUCCGGACUCGGCUUCGGCCGAUUUCAACCUCACCUACAAUUCAGGAAGAGUCCUCCUGAAUCGAGCCUUCAAGCUCUGGAAUGGGGAUUCAGCGUCAAACACGAGCAGAGUCGCAUCUUUCAACUCUUCGUUCCUCGUCAACAUUUACCCGCUGCAAAAAGACACCGCCGGCGAGGGCCUCGCGUUCUUGAUAGCGCCGGACCUCGAUUUGCCGCACAACAGCUAUGGUGAGUACCUGGGUUUGACCAACUCCACCACCGACGGUAACUCCAGCAACCGUCUGGUGGCCGUUGAGCUUGAUACUCAUAAACAGGACUUCGACCCAGAUGCGAACCAUGUUGGGCUUGACAUCAAUGGCGUCAGAUCUGUAGUGGCAGAGUCCUUGACCCCCUAUGGGAUCGAACUUGUUCCAAUGGAUCCUAGAUUUUACAACGUUUGGGUCAAUUAUGACGGGAUAAAAAAGGUCAUAGAGGUGUACAUUGCGGAGCAAGCUGAAAAGUGGGGACCCACUCCGUCUAUGCCGAGCACACCCAUAUUGAGAUCAGAUCUUGAUCUUAAAGACGUGGUGAAUCAAUACUCGCAUUUUGGGUUUUCUGCAUCAACUGGGAAUGCAACCCAGCUCAACUGUGUAUUGAGAUGGAAUCUAACGGUUCAUUACUUUCCGGAGAAGAACCACCCAUGGUUGAAGAUUGUUCUUGGAGUCGGAGUGCCGGUGGUGGUGCUGCUGCUGAUAGGGGUGGUGGCGUUGGCCUACAUCCACCGCCGGCGGCGGAUGCGCAACUCGAAUCCGAACAUUCUUGGGGCGCUCAAGAGCUUGCCGGGAAUGCCUAGGGAGUUCGAUUUCAGAGAUUUGAAGAAGGCUACGAACAACUUUGAUGACAAGAACAAACUGGGACAAGGUGGGUAUGGUGUGGUGUACAAAGGGUUGUUGGCGAGUGAGAAUUUGGAGAUCGCCGUCAAGUGGUUCUCCAGGGAGAGCAUCAAGGGUCAGGACGAUUUCUUGGCUGAGCUCACCAUUAUCAAUCGUCUCCGGCACAAACAUCUUGUUCGAUUGCUUGGAUGGUGCCACAAGAACAAUAACCUACUACUAGUGUAUGAAUACAUGCCCAAUUGCAGCCUCGACAAGCACCUCUUUGCGGGUGCUAAAACGGAGUCCCUAAGCUGGAAACUUCGGUACAAGAUCAUAUCCGGGGUUGCCUCGGCUCUACAAUAUCUUCACAAUGAAUUUGACCAGAAGGUGGUGCACCGUGACCUUAAGGCCAGCAACAUCAUGCUAGACUCCAACUUCAACGCGCGUCUUGGUGACUUUGGCCUGGCACGUGCCCUCGACAAUGAGAAGACCUCAUAUGCUGAGGCCGAGGGAGUACUAGGCACCAUAGGUUACAUUGCGCCAGAGUGUUUCCACACUGGUAAGGCCACACAGCAAUCCGAUGUCUAUGCAUUUGGAGCGGUCUUGUUGGAGGUAGUUUGUGGCCUAAGGCCAGGAACCAAGAUCGAGGGGUUCCAAUUCUUGGUCGAUUGGGUAUGGUCCUUGCACCGUCAGGACCAGCUAUCGGAUGCUGUCGACGUGAGGCUUGGGGAUGACUACGUUGUUGACGAAGCUGAGAGAAUUCUGCUGCUGGGGCUGGCUUGCUCGCAUCCCAUAGCAAGCGAGAGGCCUAAAACUCAAGCGAUCGUUCAGAUUAUAUCAGGGACAGUGCCAACGCCCCAUGUUCCACCAUUCAAGCCAGCUUUUGUGUGGCCGGCUAUGCUGCCAGUGGAUGGAGAUACUACUACAGCCAACACCACGUCCAUUACAACAUCUCAGUAUAGUUCUGGGUGGAGUCCACAAUCUCUCCUUUCUGACCAGUACCCUUUGGUUUAGUUUCUUUUGUAAACAAAUAUAACCAAUGUGUCACUUUUCUUUUUCCUUCAAAUAGUUUUUUCUUCAUUGUACUUAAGGUUGGUUCGGAGAUCUUAAGAUUUCCAUCCUCUUUUCCCUCUUUCAUUUUGUUUUCCUCAUCUUCAUGUUUUCGCAUCAAUUUGUUUAGUGAGAGAAGGGAGGGGGAGGAAGGAUUGCCAGUGUAAAGUAUGAUUGGUGGUGUCCUAUAAGAUUUUUCUUGUUCUUUAAUAUGUUGUAUCUAACAGUUUGACAAAAGCAUAUGUUCCACAG